AUGGGGUAUAACAAACAAAGAGGUUCAAAAAAUGAACCAGAUAUAACGAUAAAUACGGAUUCAAUAUUGGGUUCCAAAUGGUGUCCUAUAUGUGAAACAAAAGUUAAUUUUGAACCACAACAUUUUCAAACUGCAAUGAUUAAUGUAAUUAAAAAUCCAAAUAUAAAUUCAACAGUCUUGCUACGAGCUGAUAUUUUGAUUGAAAAUUCAUAUGAUCCUGAAAAAGGUAAUACGAAAUUUACAAGUAAUUUAAUUGAUGUUUUACCAGAUAUAGAAUCAAAUACAAUUGAUAAUGAAAAUGUUAAAAAUGAAAAUAAAUUACUUCAUCGAGAUCUACAAGAUGUUAAUAUUCGAAAGAUUCCUAUCAGUGAUUCAAAACUUAAAUUAUCAAAUAGAAUAGAAAUUGUUAGAAGAAUGAUACCGAGAAAUCCAUUUAAAGAUCAUAUUGUCAAUCAAACAUGUUUAUUAUUGAAAAGUGAUGAUAAUAAUACAAUUUUAAUAGUAUAUAUACCUCAUAUUAAUUCAAAAGAAGAAAUUCCUUAUUAUUUACCACAAGUAUUGGGUGUUGGGAUUUUAUAUGAUAAUCAAAAAGUUUCAAUCCAUUAUCUACCUUUUGAAAAUGAAUUAAAUUUCAUAAAAUCAAUAGAUCAAUCAAAUAGAAUUGUUAGAACUGCGAUACGACUAUUACAAACAUCAACAAAACAUUCAAAUGGGGUUAAAAUAGGAUAUUCAAAAAGAGUUAAUCAUGAUUUAAUAGUACCAAAAGUAAAUUUUCAAAAUAAAUAUAUUUAUUUAAAAUCAAAAUAUUCAUCUGAUUUAGUAAAUAAUUGGAAAGAAAGUACUGAUCCAAAUAAACAUGUAUUUGAAGAUUUAGCAAUUGCAGCAUUUUUAAUUGAAUAUUGGAAUAUAAAAAAUUUUGCAAAGGAUAAAUUUGAAUUUAGAGAUUUAGGUUGUGGGAAUGGAUUAUUAGUUUAUAUAUUAAUUAUGGAAGGUUAUAAAGGUGAAGGAAUUGAUGCAAGAAGUAGAAAAUCUUGGAAAACUUAUCCUAAAUUUGUUCAAGAUAAAUUAUUUGAACAAAUAAUUGUACCUAGUAUAUUAUUAAAACCUCAUCCAUCUGUUUCUAAACUUAUUCCAGAAAUUCAAGAUAAUGGAAGAACUUUCAAUGAUAUAAAUGAUACACAAGCUCAAUUAUCUUCAAAUAAUUUAUUAAAUUCACCUAAUGUAUGCACAACUCAAGAAUUUCCUUCUAAUACAUUUUUAAUUGGUAAUCAUUCUGAUGAAUUAACUUGUUGGAUGCCAUUACUUGGUUUCCCAUUUAUGGUAAUUCCUUGUUGUUCACAUGCAUUGAAUGGUAAUAAAAUACGAUACCCACCUCCUAAGAAACAUAUAUCGAAACAACAACAACUACUACAACAUCAACAACCUGUUUCAUCUUCAACAUAUGCUUCAUUGGUUGAUCAUGUAGAAAAAUUAUCAAUAUUAAAUGGUUGGGAAGUAGAAAAAGAAAUGUUAAGAAUACCAAGUACAAGAAAUGCAGCUAUAAUGAGUUGUAAUAAAAUAAAAGAAUUUUUAAAUGAGCCAUCUGAUAUUUCACAAUUACGUAUAUUAGAUAUAAUUGCAAUGGAAGGAGGUGCUGAUGGAUGGGUUGAAAAUUCUUUAAAUUUGAUGAAAAAAGCACCUAGAAGUCAUUAG